ACUUCGUCCGAUGCAGAUCGCUUCGAAAAGUUUGCUCGUUUGUUCUUUCAGUUCGCUCGCGACUUCUAUACGAACUUUUUUUGUGAAUUAUUGACUCUCUUUUUGGAUUAAGUGACUUUGUUUUAGUGUGUGAAUAUGUCGGCUUUAACCAUGGCAAAAAACUAUUCGCAUUGUCCGCUAAAAAAGCGUCCUAUAGUGUUCAAGGAGGAUGAAAUCUCAGAUGAACCGGAAAAUCUAUCGACUAAACCUGAAGAUUUAAGCAGGACAGGACGUUUGGCUUCAGUAUCGCCACCGUCAUCACCAAACUCCAUUCCUGAUUCACGGUUAUCACCACUUUCGUCGAUCUCAGUUAGUUCACCACCUUCUUCGCCACCGAUGUCUUCACCAUCGCCUACCAGUUUCUACCCAACUGCACCGAUUAAAGUUGAAUCUCGAUUAGCAUAUCCAGUUCCAAUAAACCCAGAGUAUGCUCCUCAAACUUGGCACAAGAGUAUAGGUCCGAUGUAUCAUCACCAUCAUUCUUACUAUCCUCUACAGUACUCACCAUACGGUCACGAGAACAUGUACAUGACUCCAGCAUCACCGUACAGUGACAGUUCACUGUCACCUCCACACCACAUGCAACAACCUCUCCAACCUCUAGCUUUGAGGCCUACAGUUUACUCCGCCAUCGAUCAGAGCUCUUUAAGCCCAAACAGUUCGACCAAUUCACCUCCUCCUACUGUUGUGUCAGCGGAAGAUCUCACAGAAAAACGGCGUCAAGGUAUCAGACAUCAAUGUCCGGACUGUGGUAAAAGUUACUCGACAUUCUCUGGAUUAUCGAAACAUCGCCAGUUCCACUGUGCCGCAGGGGAUGGUCCUAAGAAAUCCUUCAGUUGCAAGUACUGCGAAAAGGUCUACGUGUCUUUGGGAGCAUUGAAGAUGCACAUCAGGACACACACCUUACCAUGCAAGUGUACGAUUUGUGGUAAAGCUUUUUCGAGGCCUUGGUUGUUGCAGGGUCACAUCAGAACACAUACUGGAGAAAAGCCGUUUUCUUGUACGUACUGUAACAGAGCUUUUGCAGACAGAUCGAAUCUCAGAGCCCAUCUUCAAACACACUCAGAUGUGAAGAAGUACUCGUGUUCAACGUGUAGCAAAACCUUCUCAAGAAUGUCUCUGUUGACGAAACACACAGAAGGAGGCUGUACGGGAGGUAGUCCAACGCUUCUACAUUCCGUGGAUAAGAUGUACUAACUAGAAUCGUACUUUAAAAGUUAAAUUUCCUGUUAAGUAUUUAUUGUUUUUUUUUGCAUUUGAAAUACGUAUGUAUAUUUUUUGACACACAUUCCUUUGUAUCUGUUCCUCAUAUUUAUACUACACAGUAUUUUUUGAAACUUUGUUUAACUCUCAAAAUAUAGUGCCUUUUGAAAAGACUGAACUAAAAAACGGAAAAAUUUUGAACGAUGUACAAACAUCACUCGAAUUUUUAUAUGUAAUAUAGCUAGGUUUAAGAUAAAUUUAAUAUAUUUUUGUAAAUAUGUUUGAACUAUAUAAAAACGGUAUUUCCCCAUGUAUUUUUAAGUACACAUUAUGUUUUUUAUUAAGGGGAAUAUACGUUUUUGUUGUUCUUCUAGUCAGUGUCGAAGUUCAAACACUUUGAUGAUGUUAUUUCUAUGCCAUUGUAUAGUGCCUUAUUUAGUCGUUUUACGCAUAUACAGAUUUUUAUAUUAUUUAAUAAAAAGAUGUUAUCCAUUUUUCAUAAA